AUGAAGAUGCUAUCCACGCUCAUGUCGACGACGCUUCUGCUCGGUGGCAGCAGCGUCGUCUCUGCUAUUGAUGUGGAUUUGACAAGUGCAAGUUCGAUUAAAAGUACAGCGGCAACGAUCGCAUACGAUAUGAUGCUCUACUAUGCGGGGAACAAGACGGGCGGAAUCAUCGGUGUAUUGCCUGGACCUCCUCCCAAUCCUUCAUGGGGAUAUUACUGGUGGGAAUCUGGUGCAAUGUGGGGGACUUUGAUUGAUUACUGGCACUAUACAGGCGAUACCAGCUAUAACGACGUGGUUUCCAAGGGAAUCCAGGCGCAGGUGGGGGAGAAUCAAGAUAUGAUGCCGUCGAACUGGAGUCAGUCUAUGGGAAAUGAUGAUCAAGGCUUUUGGGGCAUGACGGCCAUGUUGGCUGCCGAGUUGAAGUUUCCUGAUCCCCCUGCAGGCGAGCCGGGAUGGUUGGCUCUUGCUCAGGCUGUGUUCAAUACACAAGCUGUUCGUGGGGAUGAUAAAUGUGGUGGAGGAUUACGGUGGCAAGUGUUCCCGUAUCUCACUGGAUAUGAUUACAAGAACACCAUCGCAAACGGCUGUUUCUUCAACAUCGCUGCUCGAUUAGCAAGAUACACUGGCAAUUCGACGUACUACGAUAAUGCAAUACGUACCUUUGACUGGGUUACGAAUGUGGGCUUGAUUGACGCAGAGUACAACGUAUAUGAUGGAGCUCACAUCGAAUCGAAUUGCACGGAUAUCAACAAGGUCGAAUUCUCCUACAAUGUAGCAGUGUGGCUACUGGGAGCUGCAAACAUGUACAACUACACUAACGGCAGCGCCAUUUGGAAAACUCGUGUCGACGGCCUGCUCAACACAACCCUAACAACCUUCUUCCCCGAUGGAAUCGCCUAUGAACAAGCUUGCGAGGCAAAGCUAAGCUGCACCACCGACAUGUUUUCCUUCAAAGCCUACCUUCACCGCUGGCUCGCCUCGACCACCCAAAUGGCACCCUAUACCUAUGAUCUCAUCAUGCCCAAACUCAAAACCUCAGCCGCCGCAGCAGCACUACAAUGCUCCGGUGGAUCCAACGGCCGAGCGUGUGGAUUAUCCUGGAGUAAAGGAAGCGCUUGGGACGGGACGGCAGGCGUGGGUCAACAGAUGGCGGCUAUGAGUGCUAUAUUCGUAAAUCUGCUACCACUAGAGAGCGUCCAACCUUCAGUAACGAACAUGACUGGUGGGACGAGUAGCGGCAACAGUGAUGCGGGCAGUCACAGUAGUACCAAUCCGACAGCCGUCAAACCGGCUACUGGGGGUGAUAAAGCGGGUGCGGGAAUCGUCACUGCGAUUGUGUUAGUAGGUGCUACUGGGAUGUUUGGAUGGAUGAGCAUUUGA